AUGACUUCUGCUGUCUUCUUAAGAAGAAGUAAUCAAGGGACUUUCUGUGAUUCUCCAGACUGGCCGUGCCCUGCUGGUAGACAAUACUACGGCCGAGGACCCAUACAACUCACUCACAACUAUAACUAUGGAAAAGCUGGCAAAGCAAUCGGAGUCGAUCUCAUAAACAAUCCAGACUUGGUGGCGACAAAUGCAGUAAUAUCAUUCAAGACGGCAAUUUGGUUCUGGAUGACGCCGCAGGGGAACAAGCCCUCAAGCCACGAUGUCAUAACUGGGAGAUGGACUCCAUCCAGUGCUGACAGGGCAGCUGGUAGAGUCCCAGGUUACACCAACAUUAUUAAUGGUGGACUCGAGUGUGGCAAGGGUCCUAAUGAUAAGGUGGCCGAUAGGAUCGGGUUCUAUAAGAGAUACUGUGACUUGUUUAGAAUUGGCUAUGGAAAUAAUCUGGAUUGUUACAAUCAGAGGGCUUUUGCCUGA